AUGGCAUCAAAGCUAUUGAAUGCGCUAUUGCGGCUUCCGCCGACUGCUCGUACCUGCUUCACCGCUAUUUUGAAGCCUACACCGAGCCCGCUUUCGCAUCUCACAACGCGUGCCUUCUCCGCCUCCACUACACGACAAGCAACAUACAACCAGGUCCUACGAGGCUGCCGAAAAGGUCUCAAGGCCCGGAAGCCAACAUCGCCGCAACUGGCAAACACCAAAUGUCCCGAGAUGAAAGGCGUGUGUCUGAGAGUAGGAGUCACGAAACCAAAGAAGCCCAAUUCAGGCGAGCGGAAAGUUGCGAGGGUGCGAUUGAGUAGUGGAAGUGUGGUCACGGCAUAUAUUCCUGGUGAAGGGCACAAUAUACAGCAGCAUUCCGUUGUGCUGGUAAGAGGUGGUAGAAGUCAGGAUUGCCCAGGUGUGAAGUACCAUCUUGUGCGUGGAGCAAUGGACUUGGGUGGUGUUGGCAACAGGGUUACCAGUCGAUCGAAGUAUGGUACCAAGAAGCCCAAGGCGGCUUAAGUUGGCAUUGAGGCUGCCUAUCCAUUCCUGCCAACGCUGGACUGAGACAUGUGCGCUUCGAGAUUCGAGGACUGAGCUGUGCUCGAUAGCAGAAACGAAUUGCUUUCGCCGUGUUGUCCCAAAAUUCACCAGGCAGAAAUGCCUGCCGGAAAACCCUACAGGAAGCAGAAAUCAGCGUCGAAUGAUCGCUUGGCAUCCGAAGCGACGGUUACACUGUCUCACGCAACGAGCGGAGCUCGGCAAAGCCGUCUGGGCUGAACUGCGUUGAAGCCGAUGUGGUUCAAGCCGGAUCGCGAUGCGAGUAUAGCUACGGGCGGUCCGAAGCACACACAUGCCAGCGUCAAUGCUCAACCACAACUAUUUGAGAUGUUUCUCGUCGAGCUGCCAGGACGACCUUCGAUGAUGCUCGGCAGACGAAUUUCGCCAUCGCAUUGGCUCAUGAAAUGGCUGAAAAUACGAGUUCUUGUGCAACGCAGACACGCUCUUCGAUUAUAAGAGAGCUGACUACAUCGUUGGCCGUUCCAGUCCUGAACGCUUCAUUCAAACAUUACAAUCAGGACAGUACACAAAGGCGCUUCGAAUUUUGCUCAGUCAUCAAAAUGUUCAAGACUCCCUUCCUUGUCCUGCUGGUCGCAAGCUUCUCGUCAGUUCCGAUAUCCUUUGCUCAAAUCCGUCGUCCCAAACUUAUCCAUUCCAUCUAGUCUCGCUUCGAAAGACGAUUGUCCCUGCUACAAAUCCACAACUACGGUCGUCCACCCAACUUGCACUCCUUGGGCUGGCAUCUGUCCUGCCAUCAUCUGCGCUACCCCAACGGCGACUGUGACCAAGACCGUACCCAGAAAUGCAAAUGUAAGUCUCGGAUUCAGAAAUGCGCGACCUGCCUAAACUCGCCUAGGCUUUAACUCGAUGCCGAGACAAGAAUGUGCCGACCGUGACGGCAUACAGCCCUUGCACGACUGAUUGUGCGCCCAUCACUUGUCCAACUGCGACAGCCACUGUUGUUGGGAAGGAGAAGCAGUGUUGCACUGCGUGGUAGAAAUAAGAAACUGAGGACAUCUUGUGGAACGAAAUUUCUAGGGUUAUCAGGAUCAGAAUAGGAAUAUGGUUGAUUUCUGUUGGCUCUGUUGCGGGAAUGAGAUAGCAUCUUUGAAUUGGAAUGACUCAUCGCUUCG